CUUGUGAUUUGGCGCUGAGCGUAGACCGACAAGGCCCAAAGCAGACUGCUUUUGUUAGACUACAGCAAAGAGAAGAGGCAGCCAGCUAAAUUAUAAUACAUAGGGGGCGAGAUUUAGACAUAACAUCCACCAAGAUUCCGUGACCAUACCAGGCCCCUCUAGAUUCUACUGGGAAGAAAGACAAGUCUUGGGAAAGAGUCGGUGAAAAAGAAAACUACCUUAUUGAAAAGCGCUAUAACGGAGGGGCCUGCUCUAAUAUCGUCCCAAGAUUUUUGAUAUUUUAUCUUUUUUAUAGAUUGCAGAAAGAAGGCCAGUUAUCCGGUGUAGGUGUUUAGAAUGGGAUACGCUGAAGGUCCAGCCAGAGAAAAGGACAGUUAAGGAUGCAGGAGCACAACAAUGGAUUUCUCCUUCUCUUUCAUGCAAGGGAUCAUGGGAAAUACAAUUCAGCAACCCCCUCAGCUCAUUGAUUCGGCCAACAUCCGUCAGGACGGCGCCUACGACACCGGGAGCGAUGCGGGCGAGGACGGAGGCCCCCCCUAUGACGCCGCCGCGCUGGACGCCGAGUUUUCCUACCCCGCCCCGGCCUCCGAGGACAUGCCCCCGGUCUCCAACGGCUACGCCCCGGGGCUGGGCCUGGGCCUGUACGAGCCCCAGGCCAAGUUCUCCAUGUACCCCCAGUUCCCCAAUGGCUCGGCCAACGGCUACGGGGCCAUGAGGGGGUACGGAGACCACUGCCUCCUCCCAGGGGAGGGAGCGGUGUUGAGGGCCUCCGUCCUCCAGGAGAAGCCCCCCUCUCCGCCCCCUCCCCCCUCCCACCACAUGCACCCCCACCUCCACCCCGUGCCCCACCACCACCAUCCGCACCACUACCUCCCGAGCCACCCCCAUGCGCAACCCCACCCUCACAGCCCCCCGCCCCUGUCCUCCCAGCACCACCUCCCCCCUCCCCCCCACCUCAUGAGCCACGUGCUCCAUUCUCCCCCCCCCAUGCUCCUUCCCUCCUCCAGCCCUCCCCCCUCUCUACUGGACAGCGCGCCCUCAUCGCACCCCUCUCGCACCCCCUCGAACCACCCUGACGCCCCGGGCGGGGUGCUGAAGAAGACCAGCUCUCCGGAGAUCAAGCUGAAGAUCAUCAAGACCUACCAGGAUGGCCGGGAGCUGUUUGAGUCAGCGCUGUGUGGGGAUCUGCUCCAGGAGCUGCAGGAGUCGGACACCAGCGAUGGCUCCCAGGCCCGCCGCAGACACGAGAGGAAGAAGGAGAGGAGGAAAAAGACGGCCAGGCUGCAGGAGCAGGAGCAGGCCUCGGACCCAGAGCUGCCGCAAGGGGAGCCUCCGGGCCAGGCUCCGGGCCAGGCUCCAGGCCAGGCCAGGAACCCUCAGAUCCAGGCCCAGCCUGGAGAGGCCAUCCUGGGCCUAGGGCAGGCUGAAGGUCCCCUACAGACCUCCGUCAAUGCGGAGCCUAAAACUCUGAAGGCUAGUGUGCCAAGACAGCAGCAGCAGCAUGCGUCGGUGAUCCAGUCCACAGGCUUCUGUAAGGAGUUUGUGGUGGGGGACCUGGUGUGGUCCAAGGUGGGCACCUACCCCUGGUGGCCCUGCAUGGUGUCCUGUGACCCCCAGAUGAAGGUUCACACGCGCAUCAACACCAGAGGUCACAGGGAGUACCACGUGCAGUUCUUUGGCAGCGUGGCGGAGCGGGCCUGGAUCCACGAGAAGAGAGUGGUGAUCUACCAGGGAGAGCAGCAGUUUGACGAGCUGCAGGCCGAGACGCUCCGCAAGACCAGCAACCCCGCGGAGAGACACAAGCUUCAGAAGCCCAUCCCGCAGAGGGAGCGCGCUCAGUGGGAGGUGGGCGUCGGCCACGCCGAGGACGCCUUCCUGAUGACGCGGCAGGAGCGCAUCGACAACUACACCUUCAUCUACGUCGACCCCGACCCCAACGCGCCCCCGCCCGCCAAGAAGCCAGCGGCCCGCGCCGAGAGGCGAACCCAGCGCACCCCCAGCUCCACCAGCUCCACCAGCAAGAAGGAGGAGGGGGGCGCGGCGGUGACGUCGCCAGACCGCGACCAAACCACCUCCACGGCCCGGCGACAGCAGCCUCGCCGCCAGUGCAGCGUCCCCAACGCGGAGGAUCCGACCCAGGCGGCGGCGUCGGAGGGGGCGGGGGGGGGGGAGGACCAGAGAGGGGACCCCGGCCCGGCCGGCCCCCCGGGCGCGGAGGCCCCGUCGGAGGCCGGGGCGGCGUCGCAGGAGUCCCCUCCCCCGGUGCGGGCCUGGAAGACGGCGGCGGCCAGGAAGCUGCUGCCCCUGUCCAUCACCAUGAAGAAGCUGAACGUGGAGAUCACCAAGUGCGACUGGCCGCUGCCGCAGAGGAAGGCGGCCCCCUCGUCCCCGCCGGAGCGGGAGCGGGAGAGGGAGGAGGGCGAGGGGAGACAGGCAGACCUGGGCUACUGUUCACCAGAGGGCUGCGGGGUCAAGCCCGAGCCCGUCAGCCCGGAGGAGGAGGGGGAGGGGGAGGAGGAGGGCGACGAAGAGGAGGAGGAGGGGGAGGAGAGACGGGGCUCCCCGGCCAGCCGGAGGAGCGACGAAGGAGGGCUGCAGCCCAGCGAGCACACCUCCUCCCCCGGCUCCCCCAGCAGCAGCCCUCCAGGUUCUCAGGAGCGUAAGCACCAGCGGAGGUCUGUAAGGAGCAGGUCAGAGUCGGAGAGGGGGGGGGAAGUGGUUCCCAAAAAGAAGACCAAAAAGGAGCAGGCUGAGAUGGCUCCUGAAACCAUGCUGAGGACAGGAUCACAGAAAGGAGCCAGCGAGAUCUCGGACGCCUGCAAGCCCCUGAAGAAGCGGAGUCGGGCCUCCACAGACGUGGAGAUGGCCUCCUCCCAGUACAGAGACACGUCUGACUCCGACUCCAGAGGCCUCAACGACUCACAGAGCCAGUUUGGGAAGGGUCUGUACAGUCCUGCUGCAGCGGAUGCAGACGCCUCAGACACCCAGUCAGUGGACUCCAGCCUGUCCAACCAGGGCAGCUGCUCCGCCCGGAGAGACACCGUCUGCCAGAUCUGUGAGCUGUGUGACGAGGGGCUGGUGCCGUGUGAUGGGUACUGCUGUGGUGUGUUCCACCUGGAGUGUCUGGGCCUCAGCUGCCUCCCCGAGGGCAAGUUCACCUGCCCCGACUGUCACAACGGUUCUCACCCCUGUUUCAGCUGCAAGGUGGUGGGCGGAGGCGAGGUGACACGCUGUUCCGUGGCUGGCUGCGGCCGGUAUUACCAUGACGACUGCGUGCUGAAGCUCCCGGGUGCCACGGGCGUGGCGGGUGGAGGGUUCCGCUGCCCGCAGCACACCUGCGCCACCUGCUGCCUGGAGAGAGACCUGCAGCGUGCCAGCAAAGGCCGCAUGAUUCGCUGCGUGCGCUGUCCCGUCGCCUACCACACGGGGGACGGCUGCGUCGCCGCCGGCAGCCUGCUCCUGUCCCAGCACCUCAUGAUCUGCAGUAACCACGGCAGCGCCAAGCGGAACGGCCUGCUGUCCUCGCCCGUCAGCGUGGGCUGGUGCUUCCUCUGUGCCCGAGGGCUCUUAGUGCAGCAGCUAAAUGACACCAUAUUAAGUUCAUAUGCCUAUAAGUCCCACUACCUUCUGACUGAGUCAAAUCGCGCUGAGUUGAAAUUACCUAUGAUUCCCUCCUCUUCGUCAGCUCCCAAAAAGACUGUUGGGAAAGGAGGAAAGCUGCUGUGCUGCGACUCGUGCCCCGCGUCGGUCCACCCCGAGUGCCUGGAGGCGGAGCUGGCAGAGGGGGCGGAGCUGGCGGAGGGGGCGUGGUCCUGCGCCGACUGCAGCGUGGGGAGGAAGCCCCACUACAAGCAGAUUGUCUGGGUCAAACUGGGCAACUACAGGUGGUGGCCCUCAGAGAUCUGUAACCCCCGCCUGGUCCCCUCCAACAUCCAGGCCCUCCGCCACGACAUCGGGGACUUCCCCGUCUUCUUCUUCGGCUCCCACGACUACUACUGGAUCAACCAGGGCCGGGUGUUCCCCUACGUGGACAACGACAAGAACUUUGUGACGGGCCAGAUCAACGUCAACAAGACCUUCAAGAAAGCUCUGGAGGAAGCGGCCCGGAGGUUCCAGGAGCUCAAGGCCCAGAGGGAGAGCAGGGAGGCUCUGGAGCAGGAGCGCAACUCACGCAAACCUCUACCGUACAAGCUCAUCAAGUCCAACAAGCCGGUGGGGAGGGUACAGAUGCACGUAGCCGACCUGUCGGAAAUCCCACGAUGCAACUGCAAGCCCACGGACGAGCGGCCCUGCAGUCUAGACUCCCAGUGUCUCAACCGCAUGCUGCAGUACGAGUGCCACCCACAGGUGUGUCCGGCAGGGGACAACUGUGAGAACCAGUGCUUCUCCAAGCGCCUCUAUGCCGAGACAGAGGUCAUUAAGACAGAGGGGCGUGGCUGGGGCCUAAGGACCAAUCAGGCCCUCCGCAAGGGCGAUUUUGUGACCGAGUACGUGGGGGAGGUGAUCGACUCCGAGGAGUGCCAACAGCGAAUCAAACUCGCCCACGAGAACCGUGUGACUAACUUCUACAUGCUCACCCUCACCAAGGACCGCGUGAUCGACGCGGGGCCCAAGGGGAACUCGUCGCGCUUCAUAAACCACUGCUGCAGCCCCAACUGCGAGACCCAGAAGUGGACCGUCAACGGAGACUUCCGGAUCGGACUCUUCACCCUCUGUGACAUCGAGGCUGGCUCGGAGCUGACCUUCAACUACAACCUGGACUGCGUGGGGAACAGGAGGACGUCCUGCCACUGCGGGGCGGAGAACUGCUCGGGCUUCCUGGGGGUGCGGCCUACGAGCGCCGUGGUGAUGGAGAAGGAGGAGAAGGCGAGGAACGCCAAGCUGAAGCCCAAGAAGAGGAAGCUCCGCCCAGAGGGCAAACACAGCCACGAGUACUGCUGCUUCCUGUGUGGGGAGGGCGGGGAGCUGGUCAUGUGUGACAGGAAGGACUGUCCCAAAGCCUACCACCUGCUCUGCCUCAACCUCACCAAGCCCCCGUAUGGUCGGUGGGAGUGUCCGUGGCACGACUGCAGCGUGUGCGGCGUCCCGGCCUCGUCUCUCUGCGAGUUCUGCCCUCGCUCCUUCUGCCGCGACCACGAGGGCGGCGCCCUCGCCCCCUCCUCCCUGGACGGGCGCCUCUGUUGCUCCGAUCACAACCCCCUCAGCCCCCUGGGCUCCGCCCCUCCCCACCAUGCUCCACCCGCCCAGAACCCGAGCCCCCUCAGCCCCUCCAGCCCGCCCGUCAGGGUGAAAGAGGAGCCGGCGGACCCCGAGGAGGAGCCGCCCUUGCUGGCCAGAGAGUGAGACUCGCACCCCGCAGUAUACCCCCACCCAACCCCCCCUUCUCCCAGGAAGUAUACUGUUCUCACUGGCUUACGAUUGGUCCUCCCAAGGUUGCGGCCAACACGCAUAGACUACUUCUGCCGUUUGAUUCGAUUUUUUGUUCUUCUUAUUACUCUGGACAAAAAAAAAACAACAGCCAGCACUCAGAGCUGGGACUGCCAGUAGCUGGAGGGAUGGACGGAUGCAGACACCCGUGGAUGGACAUUUAACAUGAGCAGCCGCCCCCCCCGAGUGUCUGGAGGAGAGGAGAAGACGGAGGAGAGAUGGAGGUGUGUCCCUGCCUACAGGCCCCGCCCCCGGCAACCUGUCAAGCUCCUCCCCAAGUUCCACAAGGGGUUUGAGCCAAAACUCACCUCCAUGCUGCUUUCUUAAGUUUGUUUACUUCCUGUGAGCUGGGGGUCGGGCAUGCACACGCGCACACACACACACACAUGCGCGCACACACUCACUGCCUGUACACAGUUUGGAAACUGUGACCCAGAACAGAUGAUCCUACACUCCAGCGAUCACCAGUCCAGCUACAGUUCUAUCUCUCUCCUCUGGGGGGCAGGGAGUCAAGAGUUGUGCAAUUCUUUCAGGACCACACACUACAGUCUGACCUACCUGGACAUGUUUUUGAGAAAACGAGCACUCCUGUGUUAUAGAGGAACGUGAUAUCUGUGUGUUUGUUCGUGUUUACAGACGGGUCCUCUCACCGCGCGGGCGAGCGAGCCAUCUGGUCGCGUCGCGUACCUUUUUUUUCCCCUUGUACGUUCGUGGAGCUACUCCUACUACUAACGUGAGUUGUAACGGCAACAUGCCGUGACGCGGCACGCCACGCGCGUCCUCGUGGCGUUUAGUCUGGACAAGUCUCACUAUACCCUGUGUGUACAGAAGUGGCUUAUCGUCAACUACUAAAGUCUGGGGAGGGGGGAGGGGGGGAGAGAAGGGGGGGGGCGGGGAGGAGGGGCUUAGGUCGCAGAGAGGACUGCCUCACCCCUCCAACUCUCCUCACAAGUAUUAUAAAGAUGUUUAUGUGGGGAAAGUGGUUCCAGUUGCAUUCAAUAGGAUAGGUCAGCGCUGUCACCACGGCUACGGUUUGUUGGCCUAGAUACGUCUUAGCGGUCGGGCCGGUAAGGUGUGGUAUCCUUUCCCCCCACCCACAAUGCAGUUCCUGUCAGUGAUUGUGCGUUGCCUAGGCUACUGUGCACCACUUGUGUCGUUUGCGUACAUUUGCGCUAACUCUUCUCUGAAGCACUUUCACAGCUCAUCAUUUUCAAAGCUUAGCUAGGCUCCACCUAACGUGUUGUGCGUGUAUAUAAAUGAACAUGAAUAUGACCCGUGUACAUGUUUGAACUGAAUACCUCUUCUCUGUAGUGACGUUGGCAACAUUUUAACUGUAUCGUAACUUCUCGGCUCUUUCGUGGAACAACUUUGUCCAAAUAUCUUUUGAGAGUGAUUCUGGAGAACCUUCCAGACGUUUCUGAUGCACCGUUCAUCCCAGGUAUCCAAACAUGAUCACCUGUUAACAUGAUAGACCAGACUUACUCCUACAGUUCCACCCACGGUACCACUGUUGGAUUUUUCUAUUAACAACUGCAGUACAUUGUGUAAAGCCAGAACUUCUGUGUAAUGUACAAAUAUGCUACAGAACUUCAGUGUCUGAUGUACAGUGUUUUUAAGCUUUCAUCUUAAAAGAUCUGAUUUUGUAAUUAUUGUCACAUCAUAUUUUAUACUAGGUCGUUUAUGUUUCAAACACAGCUGUAGGAAAGUUACCCUCCCUUCCUAAAGUAUUAAGUGAAAUAGAAUUUAUCAACAACAACAAAAAAAUUAUAGGGAGCUUUUCAAUCUCUUAAUCUCUAUGUAGUCGUCGUAUACAUUGAAUUUUUUUUUUCUAUUGGUGUAAUGAUUCCUCGGGCUGCCCCUCAUUGGUCAGAAUGACUUUGUUGUGACUUCCUGUAUGUCGAGCCUGUAUAACGCAGGUCAGAGGUUCUGCCUUGUCAGCCUAAACUCGCUUCGAAGAGUUUGUUUGUUAUCUUGUUUGAACUUUCUCUGGUACGUUUGGCUGUUUCGUGUUCUGUAUGUGUGCCCUUAAAAAGCCUUUUGUUUAAGUCCAGGCUCAGCUGAGACGACUCAACAUCCAUAUAGUAAUCACUUUAUAAAACUGAGUCAGAUGGUGCCAAUCACGUAGGAACCACAAAAUACUGUAAUGCAACAGACUGCCCCAAUGACUGACUUCAAUAGAAAUCAAGUCCUUUUUGAAAUGUAUUUAAUGGACUCUGGAGACUGGCCUUAACCCUGCCAAAUAGGGUCAGGGGAUGUGGAACAAUGUGGUGGUAGAGAGCAGAGCAGAUUUAAACCACUUCAGCUGGCACAACUCCAAAUCAGCUGACGUGAAUUUAGGUCACCUUGUCUUCUAAGUACGAUCUGCAUGGUAACCUUUUUAAACUUGAAUUAUUUUUCCUCCUUUUUCUUUUUAUAAUCUUUUUUUUUAAUUUUUUAUUUUAUUUAUUGGUGUAUUUUUUUUUAUACUACAUGAAUGAUUAUUACAACACCGUAUAUGUGAUUUGGGGGUGGUUGUUAGAUAUCCAUGCUCUGGUAAUGGCGAGUGGGCGUGUGAUCUCCAAGCCUUCACUAACACUCAUUAAGUGACCAUUCCAAACCUGAGUCCUAAACACAAUCCUACUCUCGCUCCCUUCAGACAAAAACUGUGUGAAAGAUCCCAUUACACUGAACUCCAAUGAAUUAUUUUAUCAAUAUAGUGUUAUAUCUACAGUAUAUCUAUAAGUUUGUGUUAAAAAAAACUGUUACAUGUUGGUAUUAUAACUUUUAUGUGGAAAUUCUAUUUUUCUUUCCGCUAUUGCACAGAGGUUUCCCAAUGCGUCUUCAUUUUGUUUUUUUCCCUGAACCUUUUUCACCGGUGUGACUUGAUGUCCUGUCACCUACUUCCAUGUGAAGAGGUCAGCGAGUGUGACGCGAUGUCAUUACUUCAUGUCACAGUUCCAGUAUUCUACCUGCGCUGCUCCAGUGCAUUGUGCUGUGGCCACAGAUAAGAAGUAUAGUGUUUCUCAACUAAAGGGACUGAAGCAGUAACUUAUUCGACGGGAGGGAACUUUUUAAAGUGUGUGGCAAGAAACGGAAAUCAAUGCGACCCCCAUCGCCCGAGCGUUCGGUUUCAUGUGUGAUGUGCGUCUCAUUGGUUUUUGUGCAAAUAAACGUUAAUUGUUACCUCUGACCCCUUACUGUUUUUUAACUGUCAGGUAGAUCAUUCUGUGAAACAGUUUGAGGAAAUGAUGAAAAGGAACUCAUUGCCAUAGUUACAUAUCCCCCCACUUGUGGUGAGUCGGCCCUGAUGUUUCUGCCUGCCGUCCUAUCAAUAUCUCGAUGUUGCUUCCAUUACAGUGGACGAACACCAAGCACCAGUUAUAAAUGUGUUAUAAUUACAUGACGUCGAAGACUUGUACAUAGUUUGCAUUGAACGUGCAUAGGAUCUUAUGUUAACUGUGGUGUGCUGUUGCUUGUACAUUGAGCUUGUAAAUGUGUCUGACUGUUGGGACAACACUCUUUUUGUACAUGACUGUCUUUUUAUUUGAAAAUUAUUAUUGAUUCUGUCUUUUUUCAUUCUGAAGGAGGUGGAGUUGCAGGAGUCUAAACAUGCCUGAAAUUUUACUUAAUAAAACUGUACUCUGUCUCAGUG